ACUUCAAUCGUAUUCGUUUUACUUUUGUUAACAAAAAGUUACACGUUGCUAUAAAUUGCGAAUACGUAUAUUAUUUACGCUGUUCUCGAAUCACAAUCUUAUCAGAUUUUAUAGAACCAUACCGGGAUUUAAAUUUUUAAAUAUGUCGUCAACUGAAGAUGUUUCCCAACUAAAAGCAGGUCACCCUCCCGCAGUGAAAGCUGGUGGUAUGAGAAUUACUCAGCAUAAAGUGCCUCAUGUUAAGGAAACUAAAGAAACAACUACUGAAGAUUUAACUGGUCUCUCUGGCCCUUCCCCAGUUCCGUCCAACCCAGUCUCAAUUGCAGGAGCUCCAAACAGAGGCAAUGCAGACUUUACGCCGCAGGCGGCACAAGUAGCACAUAGUCCUAAGCCUCCAACUCAUAUUAACGUUAAACCAAGCCCAAACAUUCAACAACCCAGGAAGUAGAUUAUUGAUCUAUGUAUGUUAUGCUGCAUUAUUUACACAACUGUUGACUAUAUUGUUAAUAAUGAUAGAUAACUAUUAUAGGUGUACUGGUUUAAUACCUUAUGAUAACAUAUCAUUAAAUUUUGAUUCCUUGUUGAUCCCUUACUAAAAGCAAAUAUUAAAAUUAUAUGCAGUUAUUGUAACAGUCUACUAAAUAGUGUUUUUAAAGAUCAACAGCUGUGCAAAUAAUGUUGAACAUAAAUUGAUGAAGAAUGUUUUUGGAUAUGGUUGAGACUCAAAAGUGACUGUAUUUGGCAUAAUUGACAUGAUAAACAUCAAGGUUAUUUGUUAUGAGAAUUUAGUACUAUGUUUGUGUACCAUUAAUACUAUAUAUAUUGGUGACUAUGAUAUAAGAAUAUAGGCCUACCCAUAUUCAAAAACAGUCUUAUGUCCAUAAAUAUCAGUGACCAUGAUGAUUAGAAUGUUAUAAUAAGAAUGUAUUGUUAUUAUUAUGUAUAUGGUUCUAGAUUAUUGAUGCUAGAAACAUAACCACUUUUUAAGGUUAUAUUUCUGAAUACAGCUACCAACUAUAUGCUGGCCCUAUGUUAUAAUUGGAUUAACUACACAUACAUUUUCUAAAGAAAAAUGGCUAAUUAUGAAAAUUUCUUAGCAAAAUAUGCAACUAGAGUUUUCUAUAGAAAAGUUGGGCAUAAAUCAGAGUUGCAGGCCAUUUCAGAUUUAAUUAAUUAAUUUCAUGAAUUCUUUUUAUAACAAACUGAUUGCUGAUCCUAUUUUUGCAAGUGAAAGUCAUGUGUGUGCUGGGAAAAACUGAUUCUUAUAUAACCUAACAAAAAUAUACAACAUGACAAAAACUAGGAUCAAACAAUUGAAAUAUUUAGGUGUUUGAGAAUCAUUAAUAUUUUUUGUGUGCAAUUAACAUUUAUUUUUAGCAAGUAGUUUAUAUUUUUACUUCAUUCCUUAUGCAUUUUCUUGGGCACUAAGCCAUCAUAAUUUUAUAUUUUAUACUUAUUUUUUUGUACUUACUGGACUGAAAUUGGCAAAAGUAUAGGUUAAGAAUUUUUUAUAAAGGUAUAUGACCUCUUUGAUUGAAAUAUAAUAAAAAUCAUUUUUCAUCAGACUUCUUUAAUAUUGUUUACAUUUAGGUCUUGUAUUAUUUACUUGCCAGUCUGUCUGAUUUUCUUUUUAGUAUUAAUUUCACAUUCCUAUUUUUUUAUCACUUUGUUAACAGUGUCAUCUUUUACUUUUAAAUAAAAUUAUCAAAUUAUAA